AUGGAGGGUGAAAUGAACAACUUGAUCAAGGUAUGGCUUUCAGUCACGGUUUCUUUAUCGUACUGCUAUGUUAUGAGUAAACUAGUCUCAAAAGGCACUAAAAGGCUCAUCUUUUUUCUCCCAAUAAUAUGUCUCUUCCUAUUUCUCCCUCUCAAACUCAAUUCUGUUAAUCUAGUUGGUGGCACUAGCUUCUGCAUUUCAUGGCUUGCAAACUUCAAACUCUUACUCUUAGCUUUUAACAAAGGCCCUUUAGCUUCAAACCCAUCGUCACUCUCUUUUGGGCGUUUCAUUGUUAUAGCUUCUUUCCCUAUUGAGAUCCAAGAAAGCAACAUAAACCCAUCUUCAAAAAACUCACAUUUUCCAACAAAAACUCACCAAAACAAACAAAACCCAUCUCAUAAAAACCCUAAACGAAUCAUCAACUUCACAAUAAAGAGUCUUCUUUUGGCCAUUCUAAUUCGAGUAUGUAAUAACCAAGACCAUAAUAUUCACCCCAAUGCCGUUUUAAUUCUCUACUUCUUUUUAACAUAUCUUGUACUGGAGACCAUUUUAGCCACAGUGGCUACCUUGGCUCGAGCUCUGGUGGGACUUGAGCUGGAGCCACAGUUCAACGAGCCAUACCUCUCGACCUCGCUACAAGACUUCUGGGGAAGAAGGUGGAACCUCAUAGUAACGCGUAUAUUGCGCCCCACCGUAUUCGAACCCACCUUCAGAUUCUCUUCAACCCUCCUAGGUUACAAGUGGGCUGCACUCCCUGCUAUAAUAGCAACUUUCGUCGUGUCGGGCUUGUUUCACGAACUCAUGUACUACUACAUGGCUCGCAUGCCUCCCACGUGGGAAGUGACGUCAUUCUUUAUCUUGCAUGGAUUGUGUUUGACGGUCGAGAUUGUUUUGAAGAAGGCUUUGAGUGGCCGGUGGCGUUUGCCCGGGUUGGUAUCUGGAGCGUUGACUAUUGGGUUUGUGAUGUUGACCAGUUUUUGGUUGUAUUAUCCACAACUCCUUCGGUGCAAGGCUGAUGUUAGAACACUUGAAGAGUAUGCAAAUUUGGGAAAGCUUUUGGGGAAGAUGGUCACAGUCAAAGUUACCAUCUUUUGA